GGCGACCAUCGCUCACCGUCGACCUAAACGCUCUCAGCUAAUGACCACACCAGCGCGAGUAACUUACAUGCAUAGAGUGAAUGCAAACCCGCUGGGGCUCGACGGCCAGAUUAGGUGUCCUGCUCACGGCGAACUUGCAGUCAAAUUCACUAGCCGUACGGCUAACAACCCAAAUCGGGAGUUUUAUAAAUGCCCAAGGAGCAAAGAAGAACCAUCGUGCAGCUUUUUCAUUUGGGGAGAUGAUCCCAAACUCACUGGGGAAACAUUAUUUGUGACGGAGCCAUCGCCUACACCAGUCCGCAACCCAAGACCAACACAGCAAGGAACUCCGCCCACAGUGGCCGAUACAGAGUUUGCCAUUGCGGCCUCUCCCCUAUCCGCUAAACGCCCUCGCUCCGGCUCACCACAAAUUUCGUCUACAAGUCAGCUCCCUGGAGCCUUUCCAAGCACACCUACACGAACUCCACGUGCUCAAAAUUUAGCUACCCCAUCCAGUGCGUAUACACCGUCUCAGCGGCAGUCUCGCCUGGCUGCGAUUAUGAGCAGCUGGGAGACAACAGGAUCAGCGCAGGGCAGCACCGCGACCGGAAGGUCGCACAAUGUUUCCAAUGUAGCCGACAGACCCGUCAUACCUACGGCGCGCCCAAUCGCUGGGUCACCGCGGUUUGCCCCUCGUCCCACAAAGCUCGAGACCGUGUCCAGUCGAAGUGUGAGUCGAUAUGAGGACUCCGAUGAUGACGACGAUGCAGCGAGCCACCCUUCACCGUCAAAGCGCACCAGAUUUGAAGACAGUGAAUAUGACUACUCAGAGGUCGGCUCCUUAUACGAUAUCGGUAUACAGACAAGCCCUGGGUCUUCCCAGUCAGUCUUUGACGGCAUGUCUGAACGUGCUGUUGAGGCUGAAUUGGACUUCACACAAAAUCAACUUCCUGUGGCUUCUACCCCAACGGGGAGCCCGACGGGAGGCGAAUCUACGAGUCGUAGACUGUCCGAACUCCCUGGUGAUAUUUCGCAGGGGUAUCUGACACCACCGGGGAGCUCCGAGCCUCAACAAGGCAAGAGGCAAAUAUCGCCUCGACACGGCACUGCACCUCUGUAUCCGCCUGCUUUGUGGAAGGGCAAAGGCCGGGAUCUGGGGGACCAAUCGCACCAGCAGUGGCACUUGGAGGACGACCCAGAGAAUCCAUUCCAGGACCGUUCCGCGGCCAUGCGGGAACCAUUGGGGUCGUCCCAUCCUGGGCAUUCUCCACCGCAAGCCAGUGGAGAAGGGGAAUCCCUGUCAUUGGCUGACCACCUCGCCGCUCAGCUCGCGGAUUUGCGUGCUCUACCGGAUCAGAUUAGGAAGCUGGAGAGGCAGUUGAAGGCUGCCCAUAAUAGCCUCGCAGCCAGGGACAGGAAGAUUCAGGAGUUACAACAGGAGACUGCACAGUUGCGAGCGCAAAAUCGUGCGUCGGAGACCAGGAUGGAAGUACUCAGGGCCAGGCGGUAGUGAUGCGCGGGUCGCAUACGCGACAUUUGCCCCAAAGCUUGUCCGCCCCGUCCGUGCUCCGUCCGGACUUCACAUCCUACAAAGUUCUCUUUGCUGGCACCAUGCCGUAACUUAUCGUAUGUCUGGAGCUUCUUCCAGGCUGUCUGUUAUCGAGAACAUGCAUUGGUUAUCGCUGUCCCUAUGCUCCCAUAUACCACUCGAAGAACGAGUGAAUAGGCUGGGUAGAUCGUCUGGGU